AUGACUUCCAAAGAAGAACCCAAGCCUUCCUCGGGGGAAGAACGGCGGCGGAGCCCCUUGGAUCACCUCCCACCGCCGGCCAACUCCAACAAGCCCCUCACCCCCUUCAGCAUCGAGGACAUCCUCAACAAGCCCUCGGUGCGGAGGAGUUACACCCUCUGCGGAACGGCCCACCUCCUCUCCGCCGCCGAGAAGCACCCCCCGGCCGGGCUGCCCCUCUCCGGCCGGGCGCUGCUCUCCCAAACCUCGCCCCUCUGCGCCCUGGAAGAACUGGCCAGCAAGACCUUCAAGGGGCUGGAAGUCAGCGUGCUGCAGGCGGCCGAAGGUAAGCCCCUCGCAGAGUGGGGGGAUCCUCCCGCGGCAGAAGUAGGGACGCGGUCACAGCGCCGAAUCGUGCCCUUUGGGGCUGACCCGGCCGCAGCCCUUCCCAGCCGGCUCGGAGGGCUGCUGCCGGGGCCGCCCUCCGGGCGGCGGGUAGGGCCCCCCCGGAACCCCUCCUGCCCGCCCCAGACCCCCCAGUUACCCUGUGCCCCUAAACCAGCCGGCCCUGUGGGCGGCAGGUCUGGCCCGGCCGCCGCCGGCCGCUCCGCGCCGGGGCCAGCGCUGCCCCGGAGAGGGGGAGAGCUGGGCCGAGACCCCCGGGACUUGCUGGCUGGGGGCACCCGGCCAGCACGACACAUUGGAGGCCAUAUCGCGGCCGUCCCCUCAUGUCGCGACAUGCGGAAAGGCUGUCGGGCAGAGCCGCGCGCCCCGGUCGCGUUGGCGGCCGCCCAGCCAGGGUCUUUCCAGCCGCGCUGA